AUGCAUGAAAGAGAUCCUUUUCUAUCAAAUAUGAAGUGGCUCUCCGUUUCAUAUUUAUUGUCAUCAUGGUCAUCUCUCUUGAAGCGUCCUCGAUUUGUGGUCAUAUCGAUCCUUGUUCUUCUAAUUGUGUGCUGUGUGUGUUAUGCAAUUGUUUUCAUCCAUCGUUCGUCAUCUUCCUUAGUGAAAUGUGUGACAUGGAAUGUAAUACAACACCAACCCAAAUUGGACAACCAAGCAUCGAAUCGAAUCCAUUCGUCAACGGAUUCAUCCAACCAACCUUCGGAAGUGUUGGAACAUGUGGAGGAUAGAGUUCUUUCAAAGCAACAACAAACCUCUUCAAAGCAACAAGUGUUGAAAACGAGGCGACAACGAAGACGACAAGUUAUGUUUGGAAAUUUUCAAUGCAAUCGAUACACUCGACAAACCUUAUUCACUUCCUGUCAAAUCGAAAAUGUUUGUAUCAAUACGAGAGGACAGUUUUUAUUGUUCAUGUCACGAGAUCGAUUGUUUGGAAAAAAACAAUUAAUUUUGGAUGAAUUGAAUCGAAGACCUUGGAUUUACACACAAGGAAGAUUUGAAUCGAAUCGAGGACUUCAUUUCAUGAGAAUCAUUGAUGCAGAGUUAAUUCUGGAAUUUGAUCCACAACGAGAUUCAAUAACUUCAACCACUACAACGAAAAAGGAUGACAUUUCUGACAAGGAUGAUCAAAAGAAUGAAAAAGUCGUGAGUGCAUUCACCAUUCCAGGUUCCUCUUGGUCUGAAAGACCCUUACAUUCCAUUUCUGGAGACCCAGUCGAAUUGGACAAGAAUUUCAAAUACUACUCGGAACCUGUCUAUGUUUUGAAACGAUACGCAGCAGGAAAUAUGGGUCACUUUUUAUUUGACAAUAUUGCAAUGAUUGUGACACUCAUGAUGAAUUUUAAUCCUCUCGCUUCCACACGAGAUCUUGACAAACUUCUUGGUAAUCACAUUCUAUAUUUGGAUGAUGUCUAUGAACAGGUGGCUCACAAUUGGAUUGGGGCGUAUCGUUACAAUGAGAGUUUAGCUGAUGAAUUUUCACUGAAAUUGCCACAAUUGUUUAGCAAAAAUCCACCACUCCAAUUGUGUCGACAGCAAGAUUCGACACGAAUUGAUUUAUUGCCUUGUCGAAACACUCCACGAGGAACGAAUUUUCCAAGAAAUAAUGUGUUGCAGGCAUGUUUUGCAAAUUUCAGAAUUGGACUCACUUAUGGACUAUUUCGAGCAUUUCCUUCGAGAGAGAUGAUUUUUGUGCAAUAUCGACAAUUAGUGUAUUACCAUCUUGGAAUUUAUCCAUUACCCAGUGAAGAAAACGACUCACACGUAAUGGCUCCUUAUUUGAAGAAAAAACCUUUGAAAAUUGUCAUUCACAAAAAACCACUCUCCUCUGGACAUGGUAAAAUUAUUUGGAAUGUCGACGAGUUGUUGAAUGCCAUUCGUGACAAGUUGCAAAAAGAUCCCUAUCUCUCAUUGUAUCAUUCAAAACAAUCCAUUCAGGUUGAAUCUUUAGAAUUAGAUCUUUUCACCAUGAAUGUCACCGAACAAGUCAAAUUCUUUUCACAAGUCGAUGUCUACAUUUCCGAUCAAGGCAGUGCUGCCUACUAUGCUGUCUACAUGAGAAAAGACACAUCCGUACUCAUUGCUCCAGAAUGCUAUUCCGAUCGAGGAUGUCACACUGGAGAGAGUUUUCAAAUUUUGAGAGCUCUUCCCAACACGUUUGUGGUGGAUUAUUUGGAAUUAUUGAGAGGAAGUGAAGAGAAUCCAAAUGAAACACCGUGCAAUCCGAGACCCACUGCAAAAGAUUUAAAUGCUUGUGAUCCAAUUUUGAGAGUGGAUGUGGUGGUGGAGAAUGUGAUGGCAUUUGUGAAGAGAAGAUUUCUCAAAAUGAUGAUGGUAGAUCCUGAUGAAUGA